UUUGUGUUAUUAGUCGUCUUCUGACUUUCCAACUACAAGUGUCAUAAUAAAGUGGUCAUCGUUCACUAUUCACUAACAGACUCGCUACACAUUUACAUGGCAAAGUUCAAUUGUCAAACUUCAUAGAGUUUCAUUUACUACGUACGUAUGUACAAACACAGUCUCAUCUCUCUGUCUCAUCGUUGCUAAAAAUCAUAUAAAUACCACCUUACAAUCCAGUCCGAGCACACACUUGUCAUUUGGUCUCACUUGGGACGACACGUUGGAUAAAAUAAAGUAUGAUAAAAAUCUGAGAUAUCGAAAAAAGUGACAAAAUAAGAAGUGACAUUACAUUAUUUUAGUGGAAAAAAGAAGUGUUUUGUGAGAGUUGUUAAGAAAUAAAUUUUCGGAAUUUUUGUUUUUUGAAAAAAUUGUUGAUGCUACUUCUCGAAACGUUUCUAAUUAUUCAAACGUUACGAAAGAAGAAAUUAUCAUGGAAAUCUGUCCAAGUUGUAGAGGUUCGAUUGAACUAGAAAUGGAUUACAGAGUUACACAGUCGAGAGUCAGUGGGGAGGUUGAAGGUGAAGGUGGGUGUGGUGGAAAUUAUUCCUCACCCACGACACAAACCACCACGUGUCACUGUCACGUGUCGAGUCCUUACAGCCGCACCACCCCCUCUCACUUAUCCGACACCACCACCCCCUCUUGUCUCACAGUUCCCACGAGACAUUCCAUCAGUCGUCGGGUUCGAUACACAAAUUCGGGACCACAAACUGCGUUCAAAUUAUUUAUCUGGAUUUUAUUGGUAUUUCCCUUAUCAAUGUCAAACCCUGUACCCUUGCAAGAUCAAGAAGCUGGACCCUCUGCCUCCUCGUCUGGUCAUCACCACAAGUCAAAACGACCGCAUGACCGUCCCGCCAAGUGGGUGAACCCGUGUAGGAUAGGAUCCGCUCUUCCAGCCUUCCCCGUCGGGAUGGACAUCGAAAUCGUGACACAGUCCGAUUCGGAAAUUAUUUCAAAUAUUAUCACACAAGUCAACAAAGCUGAACUGCAGGCUCGUCGGUUCAUCGAGCUUUAUUACAGAGAAACGUUUGACGAGGACUUGAGAGAAAGCGACAAGUUUGCAGCAGUCCAUUACGAUUUCCUCAACGAGAUCAAUGACAAGGUGAAGAAAUCUCUGGGAGAUAAAUUGUCCAGGGAUGCGUUGGAGGAGUUAAAGAUGGCUGAAACCCUUCGCUCAAUGUACACAGGACUGCAGAUGUUUGCAGUUGGACUAGAACAGAUCGUCCUGGACCAGAGCGUUUAUGGGGGAUCGUUCCACAAGGACUUUCAGGAGACAGAGUACCAAUUAAAAUACGUCCUUUGUGAAUUGCAAAUCGCCAUGCUAGAAAAGGGCAUUCAGCACGAGGACGUGACCCGAGAAAUUAUGAGUGGUGACUACCGUGACAUCGAUUGCAAAACUAUACGAAACAUCAGGGACUGGGUCAUCUUCCGAGACUACGUUAACACCUUGGAGUACAUCCAACAGAGUUUUUCAUACUUUCUAGCCACCGUGGAUAGUAGUUAAUAAUCGUCGUCGUCUCAAAACCAGAAGAAGAAGAAGCAACCCACCCUUUAACAGUUUAAUAUCAUUGUCACAAAUUUUAUGUUAACAAAUCACCACACCACACCACCGAUCAAGCCCAACCACCAACAGCCAAUCAGCUUAUCAUAUUUAAAUAUCUACUACAGCUAAAAGAAGAAGAAAAAUAACGAAUCCUGCCCAGAGACGAAGAAAUGAUAGUCCUUUUGAUCGUCUCAUUUUCACCAGGCUAAGCUACGACUACUCCAACUUGUUCCUCUCCUACUACUUCUCCUCUCAACAUCGUACAAACAAAAUUGAUCCCAAAAGUGACUGGAAGAAGAGAUGAUGAUUUUUUAACAAUUAUGAUGAUUACGUCUUCUUCGUCACCUCUCUCUCUCUCUGAAUUAUGUAUGCAUGAUAGUCGUCCGUUGUAUGUACCAUCACGAUUGAUUGGCGUUAGCGUCGUCACAAAUAACAACAAAACUCUCUUUCUUUAUAAUUAUUAUUAGUAAUUAUACCGCAAUACCCAAGCUCCCUUGUUUUUAUGUCAAUUGUUGUCAAAUAAUGGAGAGAAGCUGAAUCAAAUUAUAAACGAUUUAUUUUACAUCAGAUCAGAAUGCGGGUAUUUUAUUUGAAUAUUCUGAUUAAAAUAUGUGUCGUUGGACGGUACCAUACAUAAGUUUAUCAAUGUUCUCUUGGUGUUAUCAUAUAGUUGUUCCUACAUAUUUAUAUGAUAGUUGUAGUUUAGUGGUAGUUAUAGAUGAUAGUUGAGCAAAAUAUGUCAAAAUGUGAACGCAUAGUCGGAAUAGAUGCUAGUGUGGGUGGAUGGGACGACUGGAGAUGAACCCAAAGAUGCCUUUGCGAGAGUCACUAACUAAAAAAAUUCACUUGUCCAAAAAAAUAUCCUAUCCCCAAAAACUGUUUCUCUUUCUCUCUCAAAAUUUUGUUUAGGGGAAGAGUUCGAGUAGAUUUUAAGAGCGUGGAAGGCAAAGAAAUUGUGAAUUGCUAUUAAGAUAAGAAAAUGUUACGAGUAUGAUUAAGGCGACGAGUUUAAUGGGCAUGGCGAUGCAUGAAUUUGUGUGGGGGGUGGGGGGUGAAGUUGUUCUGUAUUAUUACGUUAUUUAUUUACACGGAUAUAGUUACGAGUUACGUAUUGUUUUUAAUUAUUGAAUGCAAAUAUUUUACUGUAGUUAUGUUUCGUUAAUUGUUCGAUCAUCAAAAAUCUUCUCAGGUUUACGAUCCAUCCAAUCCAGUAGUUGGAUAAGAUUAAAUAUGUAGAAGAACGCGCAUGCACAAGAUGAUAUAUAUUAUUAUUUAUUGCAUUUUAUUUUUGUUGACUGUGAUAUGUUGCAUAGUUUUGUCUUCAUAUAAUGUUAAAUUACGUACGAGUAGUAGGUCGAAUAAAUCGAAGCGUAUUUUGUUUAGAAAAAAA